GCCUAUGAUCCUGGUGCGGGGCAGUCUUCAAGACUCAUCCUCGCCACACGGCUACAAAACCUGGUUUACCCCGUGUUCAACAACAGCUGAAAGAAAAGUCGGGGUGGAUAGAACCGUUUCACGGUUAAAGAAAGUACAGAUGAAUGGAGAAAUGGACACGUCCACUAAAGACCAAGUGUGGACGCAGGACGACCUUCUGAAUCUGCUAGAGGCCAUGAAAGUCAAUCUUCCAAAGGACCUGGCCAAGUACAAGACGUCGGAGUCCCAUCUGGACUGGGAGAAGGUGGCCUUCAACUCAUUCACAGGAGAGAUGUGCAAACAGAAGUGGAACGAGGUCUCCAAAGUGAUCCGUAAAUUUCGCACAUUAACAGAGCUGAUUUUUGAUGCCCAAGACUUCAUCAAGAACCCUUAUAAGGGCAAGAAGCUGAAGAAGCAUCCAGAUUUCCCUAAAAAGCCCCUGACGCCAUAUUUCCGCUUCUUCAUUGAGAAGAGGGCCAAGUAUGCCAAGCUGCACCCUGAGAUGAGCAACCUAGACCUCACCAAGAUCCUCUCCAUGAAGUACAGAGGGCUGCCUGACAAAAAGAAGAAAAAAUAUCUAGAAGACUUCCAGAAAGACAAAGAAACGUUUGGGCACAGCAUGUCAAAGUUCAGGGAGGACCAUCCCGACCUGGUGGAGAGCAUGGCAAAGAAAGGUUCUAAUGUGCCAGAGAAACCCAGGACGCCUCAGCAGCUAUGGUACAGUCACGAGAAGAAGGCCUUCCUCAAAACACACGCAGAUGCGACCACCAAAGACAUUAAAGACAGUCUUGGGAAGCAGUGGACACAGCUGUCAGACAAAAAGAGACUCAAGUGGAUUGCCAAGUCCCUGGAGAUGCACAAAGCAUAUGAGGAGGUGAUGAAGGGCUUCAUUGAGACUCACCCAGAGCUCAACAUGAGCAACGAGGACAUCGUCAAGUCCACCCUCACCAAGGCUGAGAGACAUCUGAAGGACAAAUCUGAUGGCAGGCCAGACAAACCACCCCCGAAUGGUUACUCCAUGUUCUGUGCUGAGUUGAUGUCUAGUAUGAAGGACGUGCCCAGUACAGAGCGCAUGGUCAUGUGCAGCCAGCAGUGGAAGCUGCUGAAACAGAACGAGAAGGACGGCUACCAGAAACGCUGCGAGCAGAGAAAGAAAGAAUACGAAGUCGAGAUGAACCGGUUUCUUUGUAGUAUAUCAGAGGAGGAGCAGCAGCGUGUGCUGGGGGAGCAGAAGAUGAUUGGCUUUAAGAAGGGCAGCGGGGGCAGCAAAAAGAAGAGCAGAGCAAAGCCUAGCCCAGAGAAGCCCAAAAGGCCCAUCUCGGCCAUGUUCAUCUUCUCUGAAGAGAAACGACCCAAGCUGCAGCAAGAGCGACCAGACCUGUCUGACAGUGAGCUCACCAGGCUGCUGGCACGCAUGUGGAACGAGCUCUCAGAUAAGAAGAAGGAGAAGUACAAGCGUCUUGAGACGGUCCUGAAGGCAGAGUCUGUGAAGAAGGGACAAGAGGAGCGCAGCCGGCUGCCAGACACCCCCAAGACUGCACAGGACAUCUGGCAGCAGAGUGUCAUAGGAGACUACCUGGCCAGGUUCAAGAACGACCGGCCAAAAGCCCAGAAAGCCAUGGAAGCCACUUGGAACACCAUGGAGAAGAAGGAGAAGAUCAUGUGGAUCAAGAAGGCAGCUGAGGACCAGAAACGAUACGAGAGGGAGCUGAGUGAGAUGCGCUCUCCUGCAACAAUCAUUGCCUCAGGGAAGAAGAUGAAAUUUGACGGUGAACCCAAGAAACCCCCAUCGAAUGGCUACCAGAAGUUCUCUCAGGAGAUGCUGUCCAACGGAGAGCUGAACCACCUCCCUAUGAAGGAGCGCAUGGGGGAGAUCGGGGGCCGCUGGCAGAGGCAGCCCCAGAAGGAGAAGGACCGCUACAAAAAGAUAGCUGAGGAGAAACAGAAGCUGUACAAAGUAGAGCUGGAGCGGUGGCUGGCGAGCUUGUCCUCACAAGAAAGAAAUGUGUACAAGGAGUACAACUCACAAAAAAGAAAAACCCCAGUGAAACCAGGAGGCACUGCAGCCAAAGUUAAGGCCAAGGUAACCAAGAAGUCUGACACAGAGGAUGAGGAUGAUGAUGACGAGGAGUUAGAGAAGGAGGCUGCCUCAUCAGAUAACGAUUCGUCCAGUGCCGAGGACAGUGAGGAGGAAGAUGAUGAUAAUGAGGAAGACAACGAUGAUGAUGAUGAUGAUGAGGCGGAUGAUAAAGAGAACAAGUCGGAGGGGAGUAGCAGCAGUGAUUCGAGCUCAGUGGAGACAUCGGACUCUGAUUCAGACUGAAACUGGUCUAUGGUGACCCAAGAGAGACUGAGCAGCGCUGAGCCAAGAGUUCAGGGAGCGCUGCUACUAUGCUGGCCCUGCUCUCCUCACAACCCACCACCAGAGGGAGCCCCUGCCCCACCAUGUCCAUUUCUCACUCGCUUUCUCUCUUCUGUGUUUCUUCAUUGCUGUUCUGUACAAGGAGGGUGAAGACCCUAACACCACCACAUGUCCUUCAUCUGUUAUUCCUCCAACCCUGCCUUGACCUGCUCCCCUGCUCAGCCCACACAGCGCUGGGUUCAGGUGGGGACAUUUGGCUUCCUUUCUAUAUUCUGUGACUAAUAGGUUUCUAUUAGCUUUUUUUGGUGUGACUUGAUUUUGGCCCCACCCUGUUUUGUCAGUGUCUGUCAGAUGCAAGAGACCACGGUUGUGAAGGGGGGAGCGGGGAGUUGUGAACAGGCCUCCGAGAGCCAAAGAACCUAUUUGUCUGUGGGAUUAUUUUGGGGUGGGGGGUGCAGGGGACCAAAUAAUUGCACUCUUGAGAAUGUUUCCUUUAGUCUUUUGUUCUUCAGCGCCUCUCAACUUUCUUCCUGCUCUCAAUGUGUAUGUUUUAAUUAUUAGGUUCUUAACGAGGUGGUAUCUUCAGGAAAAAUUAAGCCAUUAUGAAUGUCUCUUGUUGUUGCUGGAAAUUUAGAGGAGAUGUAUUCAUCCACAGUUUUAGUUAGAUUUGGAUGCAUUUAGAAAAAUGGCUUUAGCCUGUCUUUGACAGGUGGUCAAGUUCAAAGGUGACUGACAGUCUAUUUAUUUAUGCUACAUAGAAAUGCGUCCAAGCUUUUUUGGGGGACAAUUUCAAGGGUCUUUGUGGAGCAAGUCCAAGACAAUUCUGUUUGACUCAUGUUGGUUCUCAUGUUGAUUUUUCAGUUUAGAUUUGUUCAUCCACUAGCCUGUUGAACAGAAUAAAUAAUGAAUGUUUCUUAGUGGUAUCAAAGGAAUAUAUCGUUUAUCGAUUAAGAGUUUUUGCUUGCCACUCUUACAGAGUAGUUAUUUUUGCCCGGACUGCAGAUAACAAACAGACUAUGUUGUACAAUUUAAUAUUGGUUUUGAUUUCUUCCUUGAACCACUGUUUUACACUUCUAUUUGAUCUAAAGCUGAUUUAAUGAAUUUGUUGUAAUAAUGUCGAGGGCUGUGGUCAGUUCCAUUUGAAAUCAGGGAUAGAUUGAAAUGGAUCCAUUUAGUUAUUUUAAAUAAAAUACAAUUGACCCCAACCCUGAUAUUCUUUUAGUCGAAGUAUCCCAAAAAAUCUUUGCACUUAAUGUAAGCCUGUCCCAUGCUUACUGUGGUCAACAGUCAACUGUUCAGCCCCUUCAUGUGUUUGUGUGAGAGCGACUGCAUUGGUGUGUGCUGUCUGCAUCCUGUGUUGACUGUGGCUUCAAUUAUCUACCCUUCUCCAUGUGUGUACUUCUCCACUGCCCAAGGAUUAAAAAACAUUUGCUUGGUGAGAGAAUGGGCUAGACUGUGUUCCUAAAAAUGUUUCUUAGACCAGUCACAUGCUUUUAAAUCCUUGAGGGGGCAGUGAACGAGUUUGCACUUAGGGGAGAAGGGUACAGAACCGACUGCAAUCUGUGAAGGAUGUAUGUGCCUGCAUGGUAUAGGAGGCACUUCUCAUCCCAUUACCACACAAACACCUUGAUGUAGAUUUUUUAAAAUGCCCUUUUCUCAAAAUGAUUGAAGCUGAGUCAUGUGUGGUCCUGUUGGUUACCAGCACAAGGACAGAUGCGUUAGACGACCCACUGGACUGGUUAUGUCAUAAGUUUAGCUUGUUUCCAGGGCAGUACAAUUGGUUAACAAUGGCCCCAAUUUUAAAUGGGACUGAGUUAGUCCAUUUCUAAAUCUCAUAAUUGUUGACUGAAUAACACCAGCAUGGUGGGCUAUAUAUGAUUUGGUGAAGGGAAUGUGGGAAAUGUUAUGGAGGGUGGGAUACUGGAUUUGGAAAGGGAUUUGGGGAAAGGUGUUUCCAAUGGGGAUACGACAGACAUGUUGUAUGGUAUUUGUAAAUAUUGCUUUUUUUGUAUUGUGUGGAAUUACUUUGAUUUGUAGUUUGAUUUAUUUGGCCAAGUCUUGUCAGUGGCUCCGUCGGAGGUGUGAGUCCAUUGCUUGCAGGGGAAACGUUUUUGAUUGUGUUUGUCCGUUUGAGUUAUUAUCUCUCCCCAUGUUGGUUUCUUUGUAUAAAUGACUAAAUGAGAAUGGCUUUACAGAUUUGUACUGCUGAUCAUUUGACACAUUUUUGAUGUUUUCUAUAGUGGAGGGUGUUAUGUCCCUGCUAUUUAAGCAUUUGGCAAAUAAACUUGGUCUUUAAUAAAGUA